AUGAAAAUGCCUAAAAAUUCGAUGUUUACCUGUUUUUCAAAAACCAAUGAUUAUAUAAAAACAAAUAAUAAUAAUUUAAAAAUUAAUAAAAAUGUACGAAAUCGUUCAAAUGGUUCUAAAAAUAUUUGUCAGCGUCGAAGUUCAUCAAAUCGAUCUUCAUCAGAUAAUAGUUUGAAAAUGAUUAAAAAUUUAGGAAAUCGUUCAAAUGGUUCUAAUAAUAUUCGUCGUCGUCGAAAUUUAUCAAAUGGAUCUUCAUUAUAUAAUCAUCACCAAAUGAAUUGUUCACCACUUAAGUUACGACAAUAUGAUAGAUCAUCUACAGAAUAUUGUAGAGCAAAAGUUAUACGUACACGUAUGAUUAUUGGUCAACCAAAACAUGUUCCAAAAGUUCGAGAAGAAGAAGAAGAAGUUUACUGCAGUUGUUACGAAGAUAAUUGA